AUGGACGAUGUCGUAAACAACCGAGUACCGUCCAUUGUGCUUUUCGCGAUAUGUGCGCUGGCUGCCAGGUUCUCUACCGACAGCUUCUUCGACGGAACUGAUCCGAGAGAAAGAGGCGAGGUCUACCGCAAGGCAAGCGAGAGGUCGUUCAACAUGCGCGACCUCACACCUACCACAAUUCAAGCAUGCGUUUUGCUGGGAGCAUACGCUGCCGCGGGUGGUGAGACCGAUGUCGAAAACAUGUACUACAGCAUGGGUGGACGACUUUGUCUGGCCCUCGAUCUACCGAAUCGACCCGUCACAAGUCUGGUAGAACGCGAAGUCAACAUCAGAACUUGGUGGACACUGUGCAUGGUAGACGUUUGGUCAUCUACUGCAGUGAGACUACCGCGAAUCAUGCCAUUUGACACUGCUGUACCUCUUCCAAUUGAUGAGAUACCGUUCUCUAUGAUGAACGACGGGGCUAUCAGCGACCAAACGCAUGGCAUCACCUCACCUCUUCUCGCGGAGAUGAUCAAGCUCAAUCGGAUUCUGGCGAGGAUCAUCGACUUCAAUCGACUGUGCGUGUCAGAACACCUUGAAGGCCUACCGCUUGAGAAAGGUAUACGCGAACUAUCCCGCGAUCUUGAUGUCUGGUUGGAGGAAGUCCCGCACCAUAUGCGUGACACGCCAGCAAACCUGACAGCCUUCGCAUCGCGUGGCCUUGGGCGUAUGUUUGUAGCUGUGUAUCUCGGCUACUACCAUUACGGACUGCUCCUGAACUAUCAAUUCUUGUCAUCUUCAAUCGAAGCAUCACCCGACUCCGGACGAUAUGCUGAUGCCUGCAAGCAACAUGCCGCCCGACUUUGCGCCCUCGUCUACCGCUCACAGUCCACGCCUGGGAGCGAAGUCUUGUAUCCGGCAGUGUCGCAUAUCCUUGUCGUUGCUUCCACCGUUCAGAUCCACACCUUGCUCUUUUCUGGUGACGAAAGCCAGAUACGCAUCUCAAAGACCAGAUUGGAACGCAACUUCGAGAUACUCCUGCGACUGAAGACCUAUUGGCCGAGUGUCGACGGUGCAAUGAGUCGUCUUCGGGCGUUCCACCAGACCUGUCUCCGAAGUAAAGAGACCAGCUUUGUGCUUGAUCGGUGGCUGUUGCGCUUCCUGGUCCAAUUUGCCCCUCACAUGGAGCUCGAGCCAAGGGACAACGACCCCGAGUACGAAGCGUUGCUCGCAUUGAGCAGGCAAUCCCCAUUGUCCACGCUGGGAAUCCUGGAGAACAAGGACGGCAGCGAAGUGAACAACUGGAACGCUUUUGGAUGCGACGUCUCCGAAGACCUACUCCUUACAACCUCCGCACAGAUUGUGAGCUUAGGCUUGCGAGACUUGGGUUACAACUAUGUCGUACUGGACGACUGUUGGCAAAACCCAAAGGGUCGAGACAAGAAAGGAAAACUUCAACCGGCUCUCGACAAGUUCCCCAACGGCUUGAAGUCCAUAUCAGAUCAUCUCCAUAGCCAAGACUUCAAGUUUGGCAUGUACAGCAGCGCUGGUGAAAUGACGUGUGCGAGAUUUGAGGGCUCGCUAGAUCACGAGGUCGACGAUGCAGAAAGCUUUGCAAGCUGGGGUGUCGAUAUGUUGAAAUACGACAGCUGCUACCACAUGGGUCGUGUUGGCACACCUUCGGUCUCAUUCAACCGCUUCAAAGUCAUGUCAGAUGCUUUGAAAUCAACAGGAAGGAACAUUCUCCUCAAUCUGUGCAACUGGGGAGAGGAUCUUGUCCACACAUGGGGAAUGAGUAUCUCAAACAGCUGGCGCAUCACCGGCGACAUCUACGACUCUUUCUCUCGCCCCGAUGAUCUCUGCGGAUGCAACACCGUAUCACCGGGCGACGUUAACUGCGUAGCACCCGGCACACAUUGCUCGGUACUCUUCAUCCUCAACAAAGUCGCUCCCUUUGCCGACCGUAGCAUCCCUGGUGGAUGGAGCGAUCUGGACAUGCUCGAGGUCGGCCAAGGUGGCAUGACCGACGAAGAGUACAAAGCGCACUUUGCUCUCUGGGCCGCCAUCAAGUCUCCUCUCUUCCUCGGAAACGACCUGCGCAACAUGCCAGCUUCCGCUCUCACCAUCGUCAACAACCCAGCCAUCAUUGCGCUGAGCCAGGAUCCCCAUGGACGCAGCGUAACGCGUGUUCGAAGGGAUACGGAAGGUGUAGCGAAAGACGAGUGGGGUAUGGGCGAGACGCACGUGUGGGCAGGCCACCUCCAGAACGGCGAUGAAGUCGUGAUCUUGCUCAACGCUGGUGGCAAAGACAUGGAGAUGAGCGUCUCUCUCGCUGAGAUUUUCAUCCCGUACGGACCUGGUGGAUCAGCGCCCCACGUCAAAUACGACUGGGCCAUCCACGACCUCUGGGCCCAUCGCAUGCCCGAAGCGACGGCGGAAGAGCUCCUCGCAGCGGCCUCGCACACGGAGAGAGAAUCGAUCCUGUCAAAGGCAAAUUGGUACAAUGCUACCGAGACCCCUUACGCCAAGGGUCUGGUUCAGGAGGACCCGCGACUCUUUGGCGAGAAGAUCGGCGUUGUUGAGGCUGGUGGUAGGCUCAAGGCAGACGUCAAGAGUCACGCUGCUCGCGUCUUCCGACUACGAAGAAUCGCGCCAGAGGACGAUCAGUUCGAGGCGAAGAGUAUUGCGAGAGAAGACGGUAACGAGAGGGAUGAAUUGUAA